UGGGAAGCCCGGGAGUUCAGGAAGCGUUUGGCGUCUCUUUGUGACACCCUCCCCUCCCCCCGUGACAGGAACGGGUCAGAGCAGAGGGAGAAGCGGCUGGAGUUUAUCUGGAUUCUGCUCCCCGCUGGAUCCGUGUCUUCUGGGCUCCGGUGUGAUUGUGUGUUUGACUGUGCGGAGAUCGGCGACUUCCAGGCGGCGCUGGCUGACUUCGCUGGCCGGGCUGAGGCGCUCUGUGCCCGGGCAAGCCUUUCCUGGAUCCCUCCCUGCUCAGAGGCGGUGGAAGUGCUGUGGAUGAAGUAGCUUUCGCCCGUUUCUCGUUUCCCCCCACCGGAUGCUGCCUGGCCUUUUGGGCUGCUUUUCGUCGCUGGCUAUGAGGGAUCUGCUUUGAAGAUGGAGAUUAUUUGUUUUUUCUUCCUGGCUGUGGUGCCGGUGUACAUCAAGGGAGACGGGGUUUAUGCUCCAGCUCAGGCCCAGAUCAUCCAUGCGGGGCAGGCCUGUGUUGUGAAGGAAGAUAACAUCAGUGAACGAGUGUACACUAUCCGGGAGGGCAACACCCUGGUCCUGCAGUGUCUGGUCACGGGACACCCACGGCCACAGGUGAGGUGGACCAAAACUGCUGGCAGUGCCUCGGACAAAUUCCAGGAGACAUCGGUGUUUAACGAGACCCUUCGGAUUGAGAAGAUCCAGAGGCUGCAGGGAGGCCGCUAUUACUGUAAAGCAGAGAAUGGGGUUGGGGUCCCUGCCAUCAAGUCCAUUCGAGUAGAUGUGCAGUAUCUAGAUGAGCCCAUUCUCACCAUCCACCAAACCAUCAGCGAUGUACGUGGCAGUUUCUACCAGGAGAAGACGGUCUUCCUCCGGUGCACAGUCAACUCUAACCCUCCCGCUCGCUUCAUCUGGAAACGGGGUGCUGAGACACUCUCCCACAGCCAGGAUAAUGGAGUGGAUAUCUAUGAGCCACUCUACACACAGGGUGAAACCAAAGUUCUGAAGCUGAAAAACCUGAGGCCGCAGGAUUAUGCCAGUUACACGUGUCAGGUGUCCGUCCGGAAUGUCUGCGGCAUCCUGGACAAGUCAAUCACUUUCCAGCUCACUAACACAACAGCCCCACCUGCUCUGAAGCUGUCUGUCAAUGAGACCCUGGUGGUGAACCCAGGAGAUAAUGUCACUAUGCAGUGCUCCCUGACAGGCGGCGACCCCCUGCCUGAAGUGGUCUGGUCUCACUCACCCAGCCCUAUGCCUCACAACAGCCUUAUUCAAGAGGGUAACCUCACCAUCUGGGGGAUCCGCAUGGAAGAUUCAGGCUACUACAAUUGCACGGCCAUCAACAAUGUGGGGAACCCAGCUAAGAAGACAGUGAAUCUGCUGGUGCGAUCCAUGAAGAACGUCACCUUCCAGAUCACCCCUGACGUGAUCAAAGAGAGUGAAAGCAUCCAACUAGGGCAGGACCUGAAGCUCUCAUGCCAUGUGGAUGCCGUCCCCCAGGAGAAGGUUGUCUACUUCUGGUACAAGAAUGGGAAACCGGCCAGGGUCUCGGACCGACUGCUCAUUUCCAGGAACGACCCCGAGCUCCCACCAGUGACCAGCAGCCUGGAGAUCAUUGACCUGCGCUUCAGUGAUUAUGGCACAUAUCUGUGCAUUGCGUCCUUCCAGGGGGCCCCCAUCCCCGACCUCAGUGUUGAGGUGAACAUCUCUUCAGAAACAGUGCCUCCAACCAUCAGUGUCCCCAAGGGCCAGUCCACCAUCACCGUUCGGGAGGGCUCCAGGGCCGAGCUGCAGUGCGAGGUUCGAGGGAAGCCCAAGCCGCCCAUCAUCUGGUCCCGGGUAGACAAAGAGGCCCCCAUGCCCUCAGGUGCCAUGACAGUGGAGACUUACGAUGGGAAGCUGCGCCUGGAGAGCGUUAGCCGAGAAAUGAGCGGGACCUAUAAGUGUCAGACAGCCAGGUACAAUGGCUUUAACAUCAGACCCCGGGAAGCCCUGGUACAGCUCAACGUACAGUUCCCCCCAGUGGUGGAACCAACUUCUCAGGACAUCCGCCAGGGCAUGGGCCGCAGCGUCACCCUGCGGUGCACCAUGCUGAAGGGGAGCCCCAUGAAGGUAGCCACAGCCGUCUGGCGCUUCAAUGGGAACCUCUUGACACUGCCCCCCACAGAGCAGCAGGACUACUCAGAGUUGAAGGUGGACAGCGUGAACCGGGAGACCAGUGGUAGCUACGAGUGCAGCAUCUCCAACGAUGUGGGGGUCUCCACCUGCCUCUUCCAGGUGUCUGCAAAAGCUUACAACCCAGAGUUUUACUACGACACUCCCAACCCCACACUCAGCCAGAAGCAAUCCAAGAACUACUCUUAUGUCUUGCAGUGGACACAGAAGGAACCCGACGCAGUGGAUCCCAUUCUCAAGUACCGUCUGGAUGUCCGGCAGCUGAAUCAGAGGAACACUGUCCAGACGUUAAUUCCUGUGAAGAAGAUGGAGAAAGGCCUGCUGCUGGAGCACAUCCUGCGCAACCUGAAGGUUCCUCAGAGCUAUGAGGUUCACCUGACGCCCAUCACCAACUUUGGGGCUGGUGAUAUGGCUGCCCGCAUCAUCCGGUACAUGGAACCGAUUAACUAUCCCAACCCGGCAGAUAACACCUGCCACUUUGAGGACGAGAAGAUCUGUGGCUUCAUGCAAGACAAGAUGGACAACUUUGACUGGACCCGUCAGAAUGCCUUGACUCAGAACCCCAAGCGCACUGUCAACACAGGGCCAUCCACAGAUAUCAGUGGCACGGAAGAAGGUUAUUAUAUGUUCAUUGAGGCCUCCCGGCCCCGGGUGCAAGGAGACAAGGCCCGGCUCAUCAGCCCCCUGUACAACAUCACCGGCAAGUACUUCUGCGUCUCCUUCUUCUACCACAUGUACGGGAAGCACAUUGGCUCCUUGAAUCUUCUGGUUCGUGUGCAGAACAAACGGGCCAUUGACACCCAAGUCUGGUCGCUCAGUGAGAACAAAGGAAACGAGUGGAAACAAGCACAUGUCCCCAUCAGCCCUCCAGGACCCUUUCAGAUCAUCUUUGAAGGCGUCCGCGGCACAAGCUAUGAGGGGGACAUUGCCAUUGACGAUGUCACUCUGAAAAGGGGAGACUGCCCAAGGAAGUCGAUUGGCCCAAAUAAAGCAGUCGCCCUUCCAGGGAACGGCGUCCCAACCCUGCACAGGUCUUCUCUCGGUGGGCCACUGACUUUUUUCCUUUAUGUGCUGCUCAGAUGAUGGCAAGCGAGCGUUCCUGUCUUCUGGCCAAGACAUUCCUGCUCCUUUCCUACUCAACCACCUCUGCUCCUCUUCCUCCCCCUCCUCACUGGCACACAAAAGUGUCCAUACGUUACCAAAGACUGACAAGCAUGACCACACAAAGGGAUCUGCUCAGAACCUGGUGGAUUCCUCAAGAAAGUCAUAAUGUCUAAAAAAAAUAAAAAUAAAAAACAGAAAAUGAGAGAGAGAGAAAGAGAGAGAGGAAGGAAGAAAACAAUCACACAAGAAGGAAUGAAGAAAAAUGGGAAUGACAAAAAUGUAAAGAACAAAUGAAGGAGGAAACUCCCCCUCCCCAUGUUUCCUUGGGAACAUCUGACAGGACUUCCUCAGGGAAGUGGGAACUUUGUUUUAAACAAAAAUAUAUAUAUAUUAAAGCACAAAUUUCUACCAGAACUGUUACCUUCUUUACUGCAGAGCCCACAGCUUAGGAGACAGUGUACCGCAGCGCUCCCCUUUUGGCUCUCCGUGUUCCACCUUUAUCCUGCUGGCUCUGGCUACCGUGUACCAGCUGCAGCGCCCCUACGGUAACAUCCCACCUGCCUCCAUUUGGGGCAGCUCACCUCCCGCGUGCUGGUUGGCCAUAGACUCUCACUCUAUGCUGCAUGUGCUUCAGUGUCUCCAUCCGCAUCUUCCAGACUUCCAUGUAUUCAAUUGUCUAUGUGUGAUUUGCUUUAAUCCACACCGCACUCCUUCCCCCACUUGCUGUGUCCUCCUGCCACGUCCAAAGAAGACAACAGUGGAGUGGACCCAUCAUCUGGAUUGUACUGAGUGGUGGAAAAACCCUGGGUUGAUCCAACUGCAGCACCGGCCACCGAACGCUCCCAGGUGCUUCUCUCUCUGCGUCUCUCACUUCCCACCACUGGGUGCACAAACUCUGAUGAUGGAGCCGAGGCUGCAAACAAAAGCUUCUCAGUGGGAUGGAGCUGGCAGGGUGGUGACAUGCGGACAGCACUUGUCAGUCAGUGGACAUUGGAGUGGGAGCUGCAGCAGCCUUGGGGCGAGGAUCUCCUCUCAGAUUUUUUUGGCUAACUAACUUACUUCUUUCUUCAUUCUAUUUUUAGCCUUCCCCGCCCCAAACUCCUAUUUCCUUUCAGACUGUGGGGAGAGGCAUGGAUUUGCACCCUUUACACUUCCCCACCCCAAAUCACAGGCCUCGCUUAGUCUCCAACCCUUGUGCCCUCUGAAUGGAUCUGAAAUUGCAGCUGCUGCCUUGAGCUCCAAGGACUUGUGGUUCCCAGGAUGUAUUAGCCACAAGGGAGGUGCAAGGGGGGCAGCUGGGUUCCCUUCACCAGAGUAACAAUCAGAGGAACCAGGGGAUGGAAUGGGCACUAAAGCUCCUGGGUGACUGGGCAGAGCAGGUGGCUGGAUCCCAAAGAGGGGAUCAUUCUGGUUUUCACUUCUGUUGGCUGCUGGGGAAGAGGGUGCAGGUAGGGAGAAAGUUGGGAUUUCUUCUUCAUGGAGUUCAUGCUGCCACCAUGAAGGAAUAAAGCCAAUGUCUCAGGAGAGUUGCCUCUUGGCUCUGACCCUGUUCCAGCCAGAUCCAUCCUGCUCCCUACCGCAGCCAUGGCUUGGCCUGGGGGUGACGUGGUGUGUAGGCAUCUGCUGUUCCAAGUGAACUCAGGAGCAAAGUCUCCCAUAGGCUAGCCAAGUAGGAGCCAUGUUGACCUUGUUACAGCUGGAAACAGCUCUAGAUCUAUCUUGCUCUCACCCCUUCCACCGAAGAAUAAUGUUAGCUGUACCUGUGGGGGAGUUGGAGGGGGGUGUGCAUCAUUGCAUGCUGAGGAGAUUCAGUGAGGUGACACUCUUUCCUCUGAGGCACACCCAGUCUGCUUGCUACUCCAAGGGCACAGAAGAGGUACACUGACCUGUCUCAGGUGUAGAGUCACCAGCACACAUGCCCUCACCCCGCCCUCUCUGAUGACUUUAUCAUAAAUUUAGGCUUCUCUGGACAAUAGCAUGUAGCUAAAUCAACUCAGUGUAUCACCUGCCCAACACCUUCUGCGAUGCUUGGCCCCCCAAAAUGUCUGAGGCCUGGCUUCCCCCUCACACCCAGUGGGGAGGCCUGUGUUCAGUGCUCUACCUUACUGUCCAAGAGACCCAUCUUCCAGUGCUGGAGCCAACCGCUCACUCCCCAGGCCUCUGGGAGAUGGCAUCUUGAGUCAUUCUGCAGUGACCCUCGUGGCCAGUGUAGGAGAUGUGCUGAUGGGCUCCAAAGGGAGUCCUAUCCAGUCAUCCCGAGGCAAAAAAAGGGUGCUGGGAUGUUGGGCUGAGGCGAUCCUUCACAGAGGACUUCCCAAAAGAUAUCGAAGGGUCCAGCCACAGGGUUCCAAAACUCCAAUUGAUGAUUUUCCUGCUCUCCAGGACUGAGAACUCUGCCCUCUUCAUCUGCUUAGUCCCUCCACCUCCAUCUCCUAAGCCCGGAUCUUAGUCUCUGUGAACAUUUAGCAAGGGAAUGUGGUACCUUUGCCAUUUGCCAGGUAUUGCAGUGGGACCCUUGCAGGAUAACCUCUCCCCACUGCCAGCAGACACCGAGAAAUGCAACCAACCAGUCCCCAGCUUUUUAGAAAAUCUCCUUCACUUCUAUGCCCUGGAAUGUGGUCUCCCCAGGAAGCAGCUUUCUUUCCUCCUUGUAUGCUUUCCAAGGGGUCUGAUCUCAAUCCUUGGAGGAGAGCUGGUGCUUUCCACAGACAGCACAGGGGCCUGGGUGUUUAGUGCUGUCUAAUGAUUUGGGUCAGCUGCCAAAGUUCCCUAUCAUGUUGCAGUGGGCCUUGGGAUGAGGUGGAGUAUGUUCCCUUCCAAAAGAGCUAGCCAUGAGAGCCCAUAUUUCCUUCUCGAUGUGGGGGUGGGGAGGAGGCAGGUCGUGAAUUUGCACCUUUUGAAGUUUUUUGGGAAUGUGGGGUGAGCUCUUGUGAUUACGUUCCCCUGAGGAGGAACAAGAGGCAUGCUGCAGAGCUGGCAGGGGAGGUGGAGGAGAGAGAUCAAGGUCUUGAGCAAGAAUUAUCCCUGAGCAGAGGCAAGUGAGAAUGGACUGAUUCUAAAAAGGAAAACCUGUGACCCCUAUGUCCCUGCUCUGCUGCAGCAUCUGGCCCAUUCACCACACACACAGGAAUGUGCCAGAGCCACUGAGCUAACCCACCACGCUCAGGGUCACAGUCCAGUCCAUGGUAUUGGGGCUGGAGAGCAGCGUAGUUUUUCCCUUAGCAGGGCCGGCUCCAGCUUUUUUGCCACCCCAAGUGGCAAAGAGAGGGAAAAAAAGAAAAAAAGCCUCGAUUGGCGGCACUUCGGCGGGUGCUCUACCGCGCCGCUUCAUUCUUCGGCAACAAUUCGGCAGCCAGUCCUUCUCUCCAAGAGGGACUGAGGGACCCGCCACCAAAGACCCGGACGUGCCGCCCCUUUCCAUUGGCCGCCCCAAGCACCUGCUUCCUGCGCUGGUGCCUGGAGCCGGCCCUGUCCCUUAGACAGCAAUUGUCUUCUCCAGCCACUGGGCUCAAAUGAUCACUGCUUUUUGGCCAAUUUGCCCUUGUAUAAAUCUCAGGGAGCCCCUGUUCAUCCCUCCCUUCCUAGAUUCCUUUCCCCUUUAUCUGUGGCUUGAAAGCAGCUGGUGUUGUGUUUACUGGAGAUUCAUUAACCCAAGUGCCUCAGCUUGUCAGACGUAUUAAGAAUGAAAGGAAGGACUUCAUUGCACUGUCAGCAGCGCUGAGUGUGCCGAGCAGAGGAAGGAGCCAGUUCAGCAGCAAGGAUGCCUCACUUCAGGGGGAUGGAGGCUGCACAUGUGAGUGGGAACAUGCUGUUAUUCCUUAGAGGCCUGGCCACCUUGGACAGGGACCUCACAAGCUAAGCUGGGUUGUGUUAUGUGGUGUUAAAUAGAUGGGAGACUCUGAGGAAAUGCCAGGUACUGCAGGAAAUAGUAUUUGAGGUUAGGGGUCAAUACUAACCCCAGCCUCUGCACUGUGCUUUCAGAUGAGGUCUAAAACUAUAUUCUGCACCCUGCGUCAUUAAAGAUCCCUUGGCACUUUACACUGGUGUUAAACCCAGUGUUCUGGGCAAAUUAUAAUCCUUACAUUUCAUGACAGUGUGCUUCCUUCAGUUUCUGAUGCAGUUUCAAUUAGAUACAUUAGCCUUCACUUCCUGACCUUUACUGUUGUUGUGUGACUGUUAAGUAGCUGCUUUGUUCCACUCUAGAGGUGGCUGCAUUUCAGAUUACUACUCGCUAUAGUUUGGCAAUCCCUGCAGGAGAAAAGGUGCUAUAUCUAUGUACGUGACUGUGUUUAUUUACAGGGAGCUCUUUGGUAGGUAGUUGUAGAGAUGAAGUAGGGCAAUUGCUAUGUGGGUUUAAUCCAAUGUAUGUUCAGCCCCUUUUUUCUGUACAUGAAACAAAAUGUGUGUGUGCACAGGCAUAGAUUGCAGGUAUCAGAUGUAGUGAGCGAUAUUGUAUAGUUAGGCUUGCAAAGGAACUUUUAUUUGAAACCUCUCUGCAGUCGCUCAUUGCAUUCUGAAAAAAUAUUUCUUUUUUAUUAUAAUUCCCCACAUUGGAGUAACAGCCCCAGUCACAGGAUUUUCAGCUAUGCAAGCGGGCAUUACCACUGCUUGCAGUACAGGUGCAACUUCUUUAGCUGGUGCAGUAGUAGACUUUUGCCACUAGAAGGCAACACAACUGGCAUGUUACAUUUGAUCUCAGGCAGGGCCGCCCAGAGGGGGGGCAAGUGGGGGAAUUUGCCCCAGGCCUCGCAGGGGCCCCGCGAGCCCUGGCCCGGCGGCAGUACAGGUCGGCGGCGGGGGACCCUUCAGUUGCUCCGGGUCUUCAGCGGUGGGUCCUUCAGUGCUGCCGAAGACGCAGAGCAACUGAAGGGCCCCCCGCUGCCGAAAUGCCGCCAAAGACCCGGACCGUCGCCGGGUGAGUACAAGCGCCGCAGCUCCCCCCACUUUGCCCCAGGCCCCCUGAAUCCUCUGUGCGGCCCUGAUCUCAGGUCAUGAGCAAGUCCGUUGGAAAGUCUGAGGGGAAAUCGUUCCAGCCACUUCGGAAUGAAAGCAAGCAGGAAAAGAAAUAUAUAUUUUUUGCAUUAUUAAAAAAUUAUUCAAACUUUUUUUUAACACACAGCAGGUUAAAAAACAACUGAAGUUUAAAACGUUAUGUUUGACGCGUGUGCAAUUCUACCUCUGUAUCGUCUCUCAACGCACCAGCUAAUUAUCAGCCUUGCAGAAAUGUUACCCCUGGGGAAGCAGUUUUAUCGGGGGGUGGGGGAGUGGGGAAGCAGUACCAUACAAAUGUUUGUUCACAGGUUUAGCCUGAUACAUUUCAUGACAGUUUUGCAAGGCUGAUUGAUGGUGUGUAUAUAUAUUAAUAAUCAUGCUACAAAUGGCAUUUCAUUCCCAGCUGCUAUUAAAGGCAACUCAAAUUUUAACUUCGUAGUAUACCAGGCCCUUUGGGCCCCAGCCCACUCAGAAACACUACAAAGAGUCUUCAGUAUCCGUGAGCGAUCAGGCAUUGUAGUUCACCUCCGAGCCUGGUCUGUUCCUAGUCCCCGCAAGCCAGCAACAUCAGGAAAACUGCACUGGUGUUUUGUGCUUCUCAGCCUGCAGACAGUCCGGGUUUACAGUGGUGCCAUGGAGCUGGGCUCAUGCAUAGAAGGGGCCGCAGCCUGCUUGGCUUGAACUGCGCCCCGAGACCCUGCUGGCUCCCCCCACCCACCAAUUGCUCCUCUAGACCUGCCCGCCGAGGACUCGUCUCUGCCCCCUGGCUGGACCCCAGUGCACCUCCGGCUCCGGGCAGUCUCUACUUCCCAUAGGGUUACCAUAUUUAAGGUUUUAAAAAAGAGGACACUCCACGGGGCCCUGGCCCUGCCCCC